AUGCAAUAUAUGACUUCAUUAUUAUUAUUAUCAACCAAUACAAUAUCAUUUCAUCCGAGUUUAACAAUAGUAAAUAAUGCAACAAUUUCUAAUACAAACAUACCAAUUUAUUCGAAUUUCCCAACAAGUUUAAAAUAUGAUGGAAUAAUUGAUGUAUCUUCUGAUUUUACAGAUGAUGAAGUUUUUAUACCUUCUGAUUCAGAAGAUGAAGUAAAGCACGUUGAAAAGAAAAUAUUUACUUCAAGAGAAUUGACAUCUACAAUUUAUUACCAUACUACAAUUGAAAAAACUUCUGUUGUUUAUACAACAAUCACAAUUACAUCUACCGAAGUUGUCACUUCAACUUUAACGAUAAAUACUGGUCCAACAAUUUCAGUUGAUGUCACAUUACCGUUGAAUACAUUGACUAAUUCAAAUACAUGGUUUACAACGGGUGAAAAAAUGAAUGAUGAAAUUACAAGUUUAAAUUAUCCAAUGAGAAAAGAUUUAGAUAUAAUCACAACUGGUGAAUCUUCCGAAUUUACAGAUACUAACCAAUUUUCAAUUUUACCUAUAAAAGGAACAACAAUUAUCAUUCCAAAUACUUUUCGCCCUAAAAGACCAACAAGAACAAGAGCAAGAUUAAAAGUAUAUAAAACUAUAAAUCAAUCAAGGUUAGUGCAGUUUACAACAAGGGAAAAUCAAACAUUACAUGUCAAUAAUAACCCAUUCAAAAUUUUUGCAAAUAAAACAUUAAAUUAUCAGAAUUCAACAACAGUUUCAAAUUAUAAUAAAUUCACAGGUGUAGUAUUACCUGAAAAACAAUUCAGAUUAACUUCUUUAUCUAGUUACAUAACAAUAUCAUCAGUUUGUUUAAUAUUUGGUGUUAUAUUAGUUUUAUGA